GGGGAUCCCAGCCGGGCCUGUGCUAUGUGUGUUCAAAGCGUCUUCUCCACUAGUGUUUGCAAAUGAAAAUGGAGGAAAUGUCUUUGUCUGGCCUGGAUAACAGCAAGCUGGAGGCCAUCGCUCACGAGAUUUACACGGACCUGGUCGAGGACGCCUGCCUGGGGCUUUGCUUCGAGGUGCACCGGGCAGUCAAGUGUGGCUACUUCUUCCUGGACGACACGGACCCCGACAGCAUGAAGGACUUCGAAAUCGUGGACCAGCCGGGCGUGGACAUCUUCGGCCAGGUCUACAACCAGUGGAAGAACAAGGAGUGCGUGUGUCCCAACUGCAGCCGCAGCAUCGCUGCCUCCCGCUUCGCCCCCCACCUGGAGAAGUGCCUGGGGAUGGGCCGCAACAGCAGCCGGAUCGCAAACAGGAGGAUCGCUAGCAGCAACAACAUGAACAAAUCCGAGAGCGACCAGGAGGACAACGACGACAUCAACGAUAACGACUGGUCCUACGGCUCCGAGAAGAAAGCAAAGAAGCGGAAAUCCGAUAAGAACCCCAACUCGCCCCGGAGAUCGAAAUCCUUAAAACACAAGAAUGGGACGUUUCUCAUCAUCUCGUCCCCCUUUUCAGGGGAGCUCGGUGGGAACUCGGAUCCCUUUAAGUACAGCAAUUCUUCUGGAAUCAGCUACGAAACGCUGGGUCCUGAGGAGCUCCGCUCAUUGCUCACCACGCAAUGCGGGGUGAUCUCCGAACACACCAAGAAGAUGUGCACCAGGUCGCUGCGCUGCCCCCAGCACACCGACGAGCAGCGGAGGUCAGUCAGGGUCUACCUCCUUGGACCCUCCGCCUCGCUCCCGGAAGCAGAGGGCAGCAUGGAAAACGACAGCUUUGAUGUGGCAGAGAGCCAGGCCCUCAUGAGCCGGCUGCAGUGGGACGGCUCCUCGGACAUCUCGCCCUCCGACUCAGCCUCCUCGAAAGCAAGUACGAACAACUCGGAGUCGCGCAAAACCAAAAAGAAGAAGCCGCACUUGAGCCUGGUGGGGGGCGCGCCGGGGCUGGGCUCCAGCAAGAAGAAGAAACCCAAACCGCCCGCGCCCCCCACCCCCAGCAUCUACGACGACAUCAACUGAGGGGCGGGGGAGGGUGGCGGCCCUGCCUGACGCCCAUCGCGCCUCCUACCCCCCCGCUCGAGUAACUGUGAAGAGAAGGAAUUGGACUGCCCCUGGCUUCGGGACAGGGUGCGGUGGCGCUGAAGGACGUCACUGCCUGGGGACACGGCUGACGUCGCGUCCCCAUCCCCCCGUGUCUAUUUAUUCUGUGAUUUUUACUGGAUGUCCUAUCAUGACUCGGUGGUGCCUUGGCCACACUAGAGCCGGGCGGGGGGGACUGGACGAAUACCUGGGCCUUGAAGGGAGGGAUGCAGGAGCCUGGCCAUGCCAGCCCUGCUCUGAAGGGGAUGGACGGGGAGCAAGAGGCCCCACAGCUGUCCUGUUAGCAGCAGCGCUGACCCCUGAGGAUGAGGGUCAAUGGCAGUCGGGGGCCUGUCCUUUCAGGGCCUUCCCCUUAAGGCUGUGAGACUUGUGGUGCGGAGGGGCCUGACUGGCUCCAGGCGUCUGUUCAUUUGCACCUGUUGGGACUGGGCCACGUGGCAGAGGGCGUGGUCUGAUGUGGGGUGCUCUUCCCGGGGGGUGCUGGCCACGUGCCAGGCUCACUCCGUGCUGGUGCUCGUUGGUUGGGCAGGCCCCAGAGCGGGCACUUGUCGGUGUGCUGGGCACGGGAGAGCAGAGGCUGCAGGGUAACGUGGACACCUCAGCCUGGCGUGCCCUGGCUGGGCUUUGGGCUGCCUGGCUCUGUGGUGUGGCUGGCGCGUUCAGCCCGAGGGCGAGGUGCUGGAGCCGUCUCGGAACGGAUGUGGGGCAGGGUGUGCCCUCGCCAUGCUCCGCCUUGCCUCGUGUUGUCCUGCAGGGGGCGUGGCAGCCGGGCCUGUGCCCAAGUGUGGGCUCUGUCUGUGGCUGCCGAGGCUGGCGCACCGCUCCAGAAAACCAGGGGCGGCAAGAACCUACGAGCCCCCGUCCCUGGCGCCCGUCUCCCUGAGGCUUGGGAGGGCCGUGG